AUUACAGAAGCAGGGUGCAAAGUUGUCUUCGGCGAUGUCAAUGAACCAGCAGCGCGCGACCUUGUGUCUACUCUCGGUGACGCCGUUCGAUUCCAACACUGCAACACAUCAUCCUACCGCUCCCAGCUCGAUCUUUUCGCUUUAGCAGAGGAUGUCUACGGCAAGAUAGAUGUCGUCGUUGCCAACGCCGGAGUGGCGAAUCAUAAAGAUAUUUUCGACCCAAGCUCAGACAUUUCUGUCGAGCCCAGCAUGACGGAGGUGGAUAUCAAUCUGAAGGGCGCGAUUUUCACUGCGAGAAUCGGAAUGCACUACCUUAGGAAGAUUGGAGGUGGUGAUCUCGUUCUUGUCAGCUCAAUCGCAGGCUUUAAGGAGUGCGGAGGGUUAGCACCGUAUACCGCUAGCAAACAUGGUGUGUUAGGACUUAUGCGCGGUUUGCAUAUCGUUGCUAUUGAAGAGAACAUACGAAUCAACGUCAUAUGCCCG